GUCAUGAUAUGUUUUAUAUCUCAGAUUAAUUUCGUGCAUCAAUUCGUAAAAUAAAUAAUAGUUAACAAAUUUCUGUUUUCGAGUUCUUGUGUUAUACAAUAUAUUUUUGUACCGAGUGUAGUGUGUUAUCUUGCACCUUGUUUUAAAAUAGAAAACAAUGGCAAAUAUCCCAGGGACAGGUGCAGUGGCUUCUGCGCCUGAAGAUCUUCCACCGCCUUACUCAGCUGUAGUUGGUAACCCACAAUAUGGGUUCGUAGCGCCUGGAGGUGAACCAUAUGCGGCCGCUGGCGGUGCAUACCCACACCCGCAGGCGCAACCAAAGCAGUAUACAGCGCCGGGGGUUUACCCACAUCCUACAAUAACUAUCACGAACACUCAGCCACAAGCGGGUGAUAUGGGGCCUCCGCAGCCGCCCGGACCCGUGCCUGUGGGUAUAGUGCUGCCGCCUGCAGUCGGUACUGAGCCCACAACUAUAACUUGUUUCAACUGUGGCAAAGUAGUGACUACAAGAGUUACCUACACAACAGCUUGGCAUACCCAUCUAGUGGCUGGAUCCGUGUGUGUUAUCACUAUGAUCUGCUCUCUCUGCUGUCUUGGACUCGUCCCAUACUGCUUUGAUACAUUCAAGGAUGCAGAGCACUACUGCCCCAAUUGCAAUACUUUUAUUGGUAAAAGUAGCAAAUGUUAAGUAAUUGGGAACGGCAC